UUCGAAAUUCGAAUCAAAAACAUUCACACGCGGCCGCAAACACACCUAGCCUCGCUCAAGCGACCUGACGCCUCAUUCACCUGUUCAUAAGUUAGUUGAUAACCAACCUCUUUGCCGCGAUCACGCUACUUCACGCUCGGUUUCCAAACGAGUUGGGACGAGAUUGUGACGUAAGAUAUUUCGAAUUUGUUUUUUUUUUCGAAUUGAUUUAUGUGAUAAAGGAAUUCAAAUUAAACUCUGUGAACUGUGAAAUGAAAGUGAACUAAGUGACUUGUUUUAUUUUAAUUAUUGUUUAUUAUUUAUUUGUGACCGAGGGAAGCGGAUGUGAAAACUGGAAGAGGCCCGGAAGAACGGGUCUGCUCUCCCUGAGCGCUUCCGCGACAGAAUAACAAUGACGGUUAAAAAAACCGCCCGGAGCGGCGGUCUGGCCGCUCUAGUCGCGAGACAGAAACUGCACAGCAAUCAGCAGCUAGACAUCUUGACCAUUGCCAAACCCACGUCGCUGCAGGCGUACAACAUAAUAGUCGGCUUCAACGAGAAAGACCAGCUGCAACUCCUAACAAAAGACGAUGCUGAUGACGACAAAAAACUGAUUAAAGAUUACACAGAACUGAAGCCGGCCAAAUGCGAAGUCAUAUCCAUAGACGAUAUAAACAACUGCGUCAACAUAGAGAAUUAUCCGAACUGCGAAAACAUUCUAGUCUUUUACGUGACCAAAAACAUAAACAAGGAAGCCGUUGCGUUGAAGUUUGAGAACGAACAGGAUUUUAAAAGGAUAUAUUUCACGUACAAAUAUUUUAAAAUGCGAAACCGUUUGACGAAGAACACUAGCAAUUAUUCAAGCAGCGAGAGUUUGUUUUCGAAGAAGAAAACUUAUGAUAUAUUUAAAAAUAGGAAGAAUAGUGUUGAAGAUUACAGUAUUUAUGAUAAGGAACGUCAUGAUUACGACCUUAUGCACACAACAGACAGUGAUGGAGUGACACACAUAUCAGUACAGCAGAAGCAUUUGAAUUCGCGGUUUAAUCAACCCAUGAGUCUGAUUGGUAUUAAAGGAGACUUAAACAACACUGACGAGAUAGACAGUAUCAUCUACACCGAUGUAGAUAUACCUGCUAAGCCUGAUAGAAAAAAACUAUUUAACAAAAAGUCGAAAGCACCUCAACCGCCGUCUUUGAAGGAACAGCCUAAGGUUCUAAAAGGCGAAUUUGUUAGGGUAAAUGUGGACAGAGCUCCAGAUGUUAUUCCAAAAGAUAACAAACUAAACAAAGUGCCAGAUAUCCUAAUAUUCAGAGACACGAAACCAAAAAGAUUAAGUCCGCCGAGUAGUCUCUGGUCUGCUAGCAAUAAAGUGACAACGGGUUACGAGUCGGAUCGCGAGGAGUGGAAGAGCAGCCGUUCGCAGUUCUCUACGACGGCCUUCGACAGUUUAGCGCGACCAACAAAAAUGGCAAUGGCAUUAACCUUAAGAAAACCCCAAAGACUGGAGCCAGUGUCGUACUACCGUCUACCAAAUGAGCCCAAACCAAAACUGACGCCUAUUCCGUUCAGACCCAACAACUUCGUCCAGCGAGCGCCCAGACUGCCCCGGCCGAGCACUGAAGUCAAAAGGAAUUUACUGAACACAGAUCAUCGGAAAUACACAUCUCUUCAAAGUUUAGAAUUACCUAAGAAGUUGAGUGAGCCGAAAAAGCAAAUGGAACCCAAGAAGGCUAACUACUCUAAUAUAUCCAACAAGAUCACUGGUCUGACGAAUAAAUUACGAGAUUUAGGGAACCCUAGCAACACUCUAGGCAGAUUCAAAGCCCAGUCUCACGGAGACGUGACCAAUUUAAAACCUGUUCUCAAAACAGGACAAGAUGGAACUAAACGUUCCGUAGUAAGGACUUGCAGUGUUGAACCACCAAAGAAAGUUACAUUCAGCGCAUUUGCUACCGUCCAAGUUGUUUAAAAUAAUGGCUAUCACGAAUCUAUUUGUAUAAGCAGGCGUAUUUUGUGUCGCUUCUCAAAUGGCGUGGUGUUUGAUUUGCUAAACCAGUUUCCAAUUACUUUGUGAUCCGAUAUCUCUAACAUAGAGUGCUUAGAAAAUAUUUGUCUGUAAUUAAAAAUCUCGCUUGGAGUUAAAUUAGCACACACCUACGUGACCAGACUGGCGGUAAUGUCACGAUUUCCGUGCGGGAGACGCUUCAAAUAUUUCGCUGUGAGGCAAUGCAUUGCACGGACAAUUAUUUGGACGUUUACCGCUUCCGUCAGAUUAAUUUCUGGUUAGUUUUCAUGUAAUUUCGAAUGUGUAUAUCAUGUACAUAAUAAUUUAUUAGCUCUAACGACAUUGAUUAUGGAAUAAUCGCUGGGCGAGUUAUAAUUCUAAUGAUUUCGUAGGACUGACUGAAUUUAUAAGUGAUAUUAUCCAAUGUACUGUUGAUAGAUCGCUAAUAUAAUAGAUUGUAAAGUACAUUUUAAGGAGGUCAGGCCGGGAUUUCUGUGUAAAUACGAGAUACUUCGUGGGACAACCACAAAUGUUAGUCAUAAGGGUAUUUAUAAUUAGUCACCUCUUCGUUUUGCUUUUCACCUUGUAUUUUCGUAUUAUGCUUAAAGGAAAACGGAAUUUGUAUUUGGUAUAAUUGUUUAAUUAAUUGCGUUACCCUUUACAUCUGUAUUUGUUGAAAUCUUAAACAAAUGUUUUUUCGCCUUGCUAAUUAUUUCUACAGUCUCAUCUACAUGUAUUUACUAAAGCAUUACGACGUCCUUUCCUCGAAUAUUUGUGAACACAUUUAUUAUCUUGAUUAAAGAAUUUUUUGUUCAUUGAUAUUUGAUUACAUUAUUCUAUCAUUAAAAUUCCGUCUGAUGAUAUCUAAAUCUUGUUGAACGCCAUAGAAAAUGCACUUAAUAUAACACGAAGAACGAAUCAUUCAUAAUUCAACUGAUGGAGUGAAAAUAGUUCUCUGCGAUAUGGUUUCAUCCAUUACUAUAAUUUUUAGUUGACUUUUUUUCAUCCAUAAGCAUCCUGAAGUAAACCUUAAUUUCUUGAUAUCCUUCACGAUGAAAUGCCACCAAUCUUUAUGCGAGAGAUUGCUGUCGGUCAGUUUCAGGUAAAUUAUGGAAAUUCGAAUUAUUAUUUAUUGUUAUUUAUUUAUUUCACGUGAAUAUUAUAUACAAUAAUGGAGUGCAGGUCUUAGAGCAAUCGUCAGCGACGCGCCAGUGGUUAUUUCGUGUUUAUUGUUAAUUCUGAUAUAUCAUGCCCUCUUUACUUAUCUUUCCUUAGAUUAAAGUUACCUCUAAAGACGAUUUUGGCGCAGAAUAUUGCAAUUCUUCUAUAGUGAUGACAAGUUAACAAGAUUCCUCUCAAAACGGGGGGUUUUAUACACCAAGGGAGUGGAUAGGAAGAGAAAAUAUGCCUAGGUUCAGGGUGAAACAUUAUUUGUUAAAAGACUACUUACUUGCUUUUAGAUGUGUUAACUGUCUAGAGUUUUUUUAACUUAAGGAAAGGUCCGUGAAAUUAGGCAUUCUUUUUUGAAGAAUAUUUAUUUAACUUCUCAUAAAUAUAUUCUCUAUUUUGUUUUUAUUUAUUUACUUUCUGUAUCUUAGAACACGGUUCCUUUUAGUGUGCUAAAAAUACAUACAGGUUAAUACAAUUCGUGAAAUAUAGCUAUGAAAUUAUUUUUAUUAACUUAUUCUUUUUUCUUUAAUUGGAUUCUUUAUGUCUAGUCGGUAAAAUUAUUUAUAUCUAUUUUCCAUUCAUGUUAUGCCAAGUUGUAAAUAACUGUAAAGUGUUUAGUUAUUCAUAAUUUUACGUAAGUUGUAAAACAAAUAACGUUUAUUAUAUUAAGGAUAAUGGUUUAUCAAAGUUAAUGGAUUUUAUUUUAAUGCGAAUUAUUUAGCGAAGUUUUGUUGUUUAAAAAGUCAUAAUUAUUCUCUAUUCAUAGUUAAAGGUAUUAUUAGUAAUAUGCUAUGGUGCAGUGUGUAUUAUUUGGUGGAAUGAGAAUAAACAUAUUUUUGGAAAAUAAUAUAGAGUGUAUUUUAUCAUUGAUUGUGAUGUAAUCUUAUCAAGUUAAAUGUCUGUUUAAUAUUUUUAAAUUUUACAAUUCAUGUUUAAUCUAUAAUCUUUGGUAUAAUAAUAUAUACUAUGAUCGUAACGUCUUGUAUGAGUUAGAAUAUUUAAAAUACACAGGGAUGGCGAAUCUUUAUUGGUUAACAUUUAAUUAUUUAUUAUUUAUUUAGCCUGUGUAACUACUGUAUAUAAUAAGACUUACCAUCUCAUGUCUCAGGAUGGUGAGCGCAGUGGAAUACCUAAUAAUACUUAGUAAUUUAAGUGUUGGAUGGUGUUUCUACUGUUUAUGGGUAGUCGUAUUGCUUACCAUCAGGCAAACAGCAAGCUCAUGCCAUCCACAGCCGGUCUUCUAUCCGAGUGCCCCGUUUUUAUAUCCCAUCCCAUCCCAUAGCGACUUUUUUUACAUCCCAUCAAAGAUGUUCGUUGGCAUACUAUACGCGUAUUCGAAUUAUUUUGUCCCGUGACGUCACUGGCACGCGUGCCAAUGGUUCGCCAACCCUGAUAGUACACAUUCGAGAAAUUACUUGCAACACAAAAAUAUUAUAAGGCCUCAGAAUUUUAUGGUCUAGUUAUCAGUGGAAAUAACCAGUUAUACACACUGCAUCAUAAAGUUGAGUUUAGAUUAAGUUUUGUGUUUACGUGUGUUUUAAUUUGAAUUUUAAUUAUGUUGUUAACUAUUACUUGUUUCGACUUAGGUAUUGUUUUGAAAAAUUAAAUGUUUGUUUUGAAACUA